GGGAGUAACAUCAGACAACAGUAGGACAUCCACACAGGAGGAGGUCUUCCAGGAUGAUUGUGAAAAAAGCUUUAAAAUCAUCCCUGAUGUUUAAUGAGUCCUCCAACAUGAAAUUAAGCGUGAACAAUCAAAAAGUCGCCAAAAUGUUUCAAAUCUUAGGGGCACUUUUGAUACUUGGCCUUGUCCUGAUGGCUGUUUACUUCAUGAGAGUGGACAGCAUAGUUGAUCCUAAGGGAGAAGCAGCAGUUGUCAGCAUUUACAAAGAGGUGGAGGAGGAAGAAGGACUCUACGGAGAUCUCCCAGGAACCACAAUAAUUGAGGAGGAAUCCAAUAGGUCCAAUGACUCCUGCAGCUUUGAACUUGUGGAAAAUGUUCCUUAUGACUUAGCUUUUGAGAUAAAUAGCACUGCAGCCAAACCCUUGUACCAAGCCUGGAUGAGACUCCUUGAUAUAGCCCAGGAAAAAAUUCACGUGGCUUCUUACUAUUGGUCUCUUACUGGGAAGGAUAUCAACGUCAAUGAUUCAUCUUCCAAGCAGGGUGAAGAUAUUCUGAAGAGGUUUGAGAGACUACUUGCAGAGAAUGUUUCUGUGUAUGUUGCAGCAAGUAUGCCAACUUUGGCUACAAAUUCAACUGACCUUGAGAUUUUAGAGGAAAAAGGGGCUUAUGUAAAAAAGAUAAAUUUUGGACAUUUGGCAGGAGGAGUGUUGCAUAGCAAAUUCUGGAUUGUAGACAUGAAACACGUAUAUAUUGGUAGUGCAAAUAUGGACUGGAGAUCUUUAUCUCAGGUGAAAGAGUUUGGUGCUGUGAUAUACAACUGCAGCUGCUUGGCCAAAGACCUCUGGAAAACAUUUAGUACUUACUGGGAUCUUGGACAUGCUAAUGCUACCAUCCCAUUCCCUUGGCCUCUUAAUUAUUCCACCCACAUUAACAAGCAUCAGCCUCUGGAAGUAGAAUUUAGUGGAAUCUCAACAAAAGCCUAUUUUUCUGCUUCUCCUCCAGCAUUUUGUCCAGAAGGUCGCACCCACGACCUCUUUGCUAUAAUCAGUAUUAUCAGUGAGGCACAGAAAUUUGUCUAUGUUUCUGUUAUGGAGUAUUUCCCUACCAGCCGUUUCAUUCAUCCAGAAAGAUACUGGCCAGCCAUUGACAAUGCUCUGAGACGUGCAGCUUUCAACUACAGAGUACAAAUUCGGCUUCUGGUCAGCUGCUGGACCCACUCUGACCCAGCCAUGCUCUACUAUCUGAGGUCCCUGCGUGAUCUCAACAACCCACGUGCCCACAUCAGUGUCGAUGUGAAACUCUUCAUUGUUCCAGUUCUGAAUCACACAAAUAUUCCUCACGGGAGAGUGAAUCACAACAAAUAUAUGGUCACUGAUAAAGUAGCCUAUAUUGGGACUUCCAAUUGGUCAGAAGAUUACUUCAUUAAUACAGCUGGCGUGGGACUAAUUAUCAAACAGAAUUCAACCAACCUGCAUAGAAGGCACCUGCCUAUCCAGGAACAAUUAAAAAAUCUUUUUGAGCGAGACUGGAAUUCCAAAUAUGCAGUGAAUCUGGAAGAUGUGCAGGGACAGAAAGACUGUAACUGGAGGGGCAGGCUCUGAAGUGAAUUGAAAUAUACAUUUUAAAUAGAAACAAAAAUGUAUUUGAAUCUUGUUCCCUGUGCGAAACAAGGAUCUUUCUUCUUUAUGUCUUUGUUAGAGAAAUCACUUCCUCAUGGUGCCCACACUGUUGGAUGUUGCAAGAACUUCUCAUAGUUGACUCUCCCUGCAAAACCAUUAGUCAGUGUGCGACAUUUCCUUUUUUGUGUGAUUACCUCAUCCCAUAGUUAAUGAAAUGCAUACAGUGUUAUAUGACAA